AUGAGCGAUACAUGGCUGAAAUACAGACAUGAACACCCUCGGCUCUUGCUAUUUUCAAUUUUUGUCGCCUGGAAACUGCUGAUUGUUUUGGUCGCACUGGCUAGUCCAGGGCUUGGCUACGACACCUCCACCAGCCUCCUCCCAUGGUAUGAUGGGACUCAAUCCGUGCUGUCUGCGACACUCGCCGCCCCACAAAACCAAUGGUUGAAGUUCGUCAGAUGGGAUGCCGUGUAUUUUACGCAUAUUGCAAACCAAGGACAUGUCUAUGAGCAGGAGUGGGCCUUUGGUAUUGGCUUGUCCUCAGUGUUAUCUUGGAUUGGGAGAAAUCUGCCGGCAUAUGGGAUUUGUAGCGGUCCAAACGCCUUCACAGUCGCUGGGGUGAUAGUAUCGCAUACAGCUCACUUUCUUGCUGUCAUCCUAUUAUUUGAGCUAUCAACCAGCCUUCUCGAGGACAACAAGAAAUCAUACAUCUCUUUCACAGCGGCAGCACUCCACAUCUUUUCACCUGCGGGCAUAUUUCUCUCGGCUCCCUCUACCGAAAGCAUCUUUGCACCCCUUUCGUUCUUGGGGUUCUGGGCCUAUUUGCAUGCCAUUCGUUGCUUCAAUCACGCCAAAAUUCUCACCGGAUGUCUCAACAUCAUUCUCGCCGGGUUGGCCUUUGGACUGGCGACAAUCAUCAGGAGCAAUGGUAUACUAGCUGGCAUACCAUUCCUCAUUGAAGCCGUCACAAUCACCCUCACCAUCCUCUCUCGAGGCUUGUCCCUGAGUCGCAUUACUCGUUUAGCUUCAAUCGUCGUUGGGGGCCUGCUUGUGGGAUUAGGCAUGGUGGCACCUCAGUUCAUUGCAUAUCAGGAAUACUGUGCCGACCGGGCUUCGAGUGAGCGGCGACCAUGGUGUGAAUGGUCUUUACCUUCAAUAUUCACCUUCGUCCAAUCUCAUUACUGGAACGUUGGCCCAUUUCGGUAUUGGACACUAUCAAAUGUGCCGUUGUUUCUUUUGGCUGGGCCAACACUGGGGCUUCUCACAUAUUCUGCGGCAGCGGUGCUGCGGACCCCGGCACUAGUCAAGGGGGGAGCAGUGUCGCACGACAUCACGGCUCUGCAGAAAAAGUUGAUGGCGAGCUUGGCCCUGCCGCAGCUUAUGCUCGCUAUUCUUGCAUUCUCAAGCUAUCACGUACAGAUCAUCACGAGGAUCUCUUCCGGCUAUCCCUUGUGGUAUAUCUGGCUGGCAGCAAAGGCCACGGACGAACCGAACCGUGUGGUGAUCGUUAUCCGCUGGAUGAUCAUAUAUGCCUUGGUUCAGGCAGGGUUAUAUGCGUCGUUCUUACCUCCAGCUUAG